AUGGUGGUGGUAGCCCAGAUGUUAUCGACCGCGCGUGCACGCGCGCAUCUCACGCUUCGUCGUCUUCGUCGUCGUCAUCGUCGUUGUUGUUCCGUGAAUCCAGCCGGCGGCAAUCCCAUGGCUACGGAAGAUGCAAAAGUGUUACCUUCGGCAGUCACUGAUGCGAACAUUUUCUCUAUCAAAAAAAAGUGUAAUCGGAGUUUCGGUGGGCAUCCUCGACGUCGUGUGACUGCUAAUGCCAGGAAUCGUGAGCGGCAGGCGCCCAUAGAAGAGUGCCAUCUUAAAUCCCGAGCUGGCUUCCAGCUGCCUUUGUCGGACGGCGUUUCUCAGGUCACUUUUCAGUACUAUCUCGGUGAACACCAGUCGCAAAUAUUCUAUGGAGGGUUAACAAUUGGACAUCCAGGUACUGGUAAUAUUAAUGUGGAGUUGGGUCAGCCAAUUCCCAUUGAUUUGCGCGAGAACUAUAACGAGGAGGGCCUCUUUCCACUGCCCUGUUUGGCCGUACCCACCCACAUUUUUCGGCGAUUCCGAGUCUACCGGAUUACCUCUUCAGCAUCUUGUGAUCUCAAGAAGCUUGCGGCUAGUCUCUCUACCGACGGUGCGUCUCCAGAUGAAAGUGAUGCGAGCUAUCCUCCGACCGGAGAAAAGCUGUCGCUUUUAUUCCCCUCAACGACACCGAAAAGUGGAUUAUCUCUGAUCAGCCUUCGCGUCUACUACCCUGUACAGUAUAUGCAAUCUGCAAACGAGUUGCAUCCCAUCCCUGGAAGCCAAAAAACAGCACCGUUAGCAGUGCGUACAUCGCCCGUGUUUAUGUUGCAGCAAUAUGACGAGGUGGUUGCCUACCAGAGCCUCCUCACGAUGCCGGUGAGUGAGUUCGCCAGUCGCGUUCUCAAAGGAGUAGCAGGGUCUGUAAGACUUACAAACUGGUCUUCUGAACUCCCAACUCCGGUCAAGGUGGAGAAUUAUGACUUCAAAAAGGGUACGCAGUCUUCUCACUGGAAAUGUAGAUUAGGCCUGCUAAAUUUCUUGAGUGGAAACACUUUCAAUGUCAAAAGGCAUUCUCUUAAUCAAUUUUUAGGUGACACAUCAGUUCAUCAAAAUGAAUCCCUCACCCAACCUCCAAGUUUCUUGAUUUUGCCAGUCAGUGUAUACAACCGAUUCGCAUCAAUGAGGCGAAUGCUUUUGGAUGGCUACAAGUCUCCAAUCUGUCCUGAUAUAGGGUGGCGUGUAGCCAUACCCCAAUUGGCCACCAAAAAGGGAGAAGCUGGGACAGUUAUCGAACCACCGAGUUGGGACCAAUGGACUGGUUUGGAAACUGUCAUUGCGGCACCUUCGUGGAUUAUUUCGAAGACUCAAAAUGGGGAACCGAAAUCCAAUAUCAGGAUGGUUUUUGUUCGACGUCAAUCUGAUGAUUGUGGAGAUGCCAUUAGCCCUUCUUUGCGAAAAUCCAUAUUCGGUCCGGCCCGAAUCCGUCGAACUCGCAUGAAAGGUACGAAUCGGUUGGUCAUGAAAGUCAAGCAACUAAUAUCAACGAUUCCAGCCAUCAUAUCUAUGAAUGAGGCGAAAGUGAAGCACCAGAACGAUCUUACCUCAGAUAGGGACCAUACUACUGAUGCUACCUCUACGGGAAUCACAGAGACACUGAAUUUUCGAUAUGUCUGGUCGCGUGAUUACCGAUCGAACCCCGUCAGACGCGGUACACUGGGUCCAAUGCUUUCAACCGACAUUGAAAACGGUCGUUCCGUCCUCUCCCCACUUCCAGAGGGAGCAGAAGACAAUGCACUCACUACGGCCCCUCCCUCCUCAAGUGUCACCAAUGCAAGCACCGAUGAGGAAGAUACUCGAAGCAUUGGGGAGCGGUGGCAUCAGAACCGUCGACAACAGCAGCAGCAACACCAGCACCAACGACCCACGCGGUCGUGCCUCCCACCGCAGCGUCUUGAGGUGUUAGACAGGGAUCUCGAGAGGGCCCUUCAGCGAAGUUUAGCCGACGGUCGAAAUAAACAUUCAAGCCAUGCGAAACAGGAGCUCUCACCUCCGCAGCCCUCUACAACUGCAAAAAGGCGGUCACGUCAGAAGCGCACUAGUUCAUCAAAUCAUAUUUCAGAGGAGCAGGACACUCACAGACCCCUCGGAGGCGCUCUGCAAAGGCAGCUUCAAAAUGGGGUGAAGAGAGCUAAGUCAGAGGUGAUGCUGGAGAUGUGCUUGGACGUAGCUGCGUCGAAGCCAUUGGGGCCAGAGACGAUAGCAAACAACGGCAGUACUUGGGCGAACAGGUUGCGCUCCAACUCCCCUUCGGCCACCUCUGACUCAGCUGCUUCCAACAGUCUACGGAAACGCGAAAAAAGUUCCGUGAUGACAAAAUCUUGCCCAAAUGUGGACUCUACAGGGGAAAGUGAAGAAUUUUCAUGUUUACCAGGGAAUGAUGCAGAGCAUCAGCCAGUCCCUGCUUCAUUGAAAAUGGGGAUGAAUAAGGGAGGAGAAGCAAAGAAGAAACCAAGAGAGGCAGGAGUCGUCAUACCAAAGUUGACUCUGGCAAUAGAAGGAAAUGGUCGGGUGCGAGUGAAAUCACAAUACCGCUGUAUCCACCAGAAGCACCAGUCUGCUGCAGAAGUAACAGUAGCAGAAGUCAGAAUGGCAGAAUCUGAUGAUCCCUAUGCCCUCCCAUCGUCGCCUCUGAGCAACGGUCAAGAGACCUGCUGUCCUAUGCCUGGACCAAAGAAAAAGAGGCGUUCUCCUUCACCGGAUCCUCCUGUUCUUCUGCCAGAGGGAGAGGUAGACCAUGUAAACAACAGCGAAGAGGACGGAGUUGGGCUGACGCUAGAUGAGAGCUUUCAGGAGUGUGGCAAAAGGUCUACAAUACGUGGUCAGCCAACGUCUCAAUUGACAUCGGUUACUUCGAAUAAUUUUAAUUUAGGAAGCGAGUUGUCGCAACUGCCACCAUCGCUCCCGCCCAUAGAAGCGACGGCAACUUUCUUUGGUGCCCAUGACCAACAUUCCGUCUUUCCACCGUUUUCCGCAUCCGUGGUCGGUUGUUCUGUUGGACCACCGACCUUUACAAUUAGUCUACCGUCUUCGCUUCAACAAAUCACAAGCGUAGGCGGUCAGCCUGUGUUUGCUUCAACCCAGCCUAUUGUCGUGUCUUCCCCUUCACUCCCAACACCUGACGUCACGUCCAAUCUACUUGGUGCCUAUGGCAACAGUUCCCUUGUAAAACCCAACUCUGCAACACAUACCGUCUCUUCCCAUACGAAUGUCGCCUUUUGGAACGAUUGCGCACUUGGUCGUAGGCCAGCAACAAUGUGGACGCCCCGGAACGAGCCAUUGCCACCUCCGGAUCCCCCUCUGCUCGCGCGUAUGCAAGCAAUGCCCAGUGGUGGCGAUAAUAGUGGUGUUGGACUCUGUUUCUUUCAUCCUUCUGCCUCAGCAGUCGCUUCAGCGACAGGAGCGUCAGCGUCAUCCUUUCAAUCGACUCUCUUACCAGGAAUCGUACCAAUUCAGCAACACCAUGCGUCUGCCACUGCAACUACCACCACCGUUGCCCCUGAUAUCACAGUAACAGUAACAACACCACCAAUCCACCAACAGGCCCUCCUUGAUGCCUCGACUACGGGCUAUUCUAUGUUGACCUCAGAUGCUGCCACUGCUCUAGCCAUGGCCGCUGCUGCAUAUUUCAAUCCCCCUGUCAAUUCCAUCCACACCACAUUGCAUCAAUCUUCUACUCCCGGCCCCUCCACUAAUAACUCCAUCUCCAACCAACCUCCGGUGACUGCUACUGUAUGGAACAACAACAUUAGCAGUGGUUUUUUGUGA